AUGCAUGAGGCAAGCACAAGUUUUGAGAUGCUUUUUUGCGAAUCGAUUGCCGGACUGCGUUGCUCUGUAUUAGACAGACUAUUCGCUAUUAUCUGUCAAGAGGGCCUCCAGCAGAGUCGCUGCGGUCCUGUCUUCCUUGUCGUCUUCGAGAGUAAGCAGAACUGGCAUGUUGCAAAGAACAAUCUCCAUGGUGACAAGAAUUGCAAGCAGCCAAGGAUUAACCGAAAGAUGAUAAAACUUGCGUCCUUUCACGACAGCGCGCCCUCGCGCGAAGCAAGGAGCAUGCUGAUAUGCCAACAUGAUUGAAAGCAAUAAUAUUGGCAGAGCUCGAGGGCUCGCUCCCUGAGAUUCUGCAAGUGCAAGUUCCCUGUGAAUGGUGGUGUUUGGGCGGACGCGACUUCCCACGCGAAAUAAAAGACGCCUCAGGGGAGAAUUAAGUAUUAUCCAGUGGUGUUGCGGAAACUGUUCACUUUGCUGAUUUCGGGACAUGCGAGGCCGGCAUCCUUGAACAAAUCUCUGAAAGCAAGUAGAUUGGCAGUGUCUGCGUUGUCCAGACCACCCUACCUCUCCUUGUCGACACGCACUUUACCAUACAUCUUCAUGUUCGUUCUGGGUAGACGGAGGUUUGUACUGCUAUCGACUGUACGAGUGAAGUACGCAUACUGUAGGCAUAUCUCGGGAGGGUGUUGCCAGGUGCCACAAACCGGUCUAACUGGGUCUCGAUUUUCUUUAGCGAGCAGGACUGGAAAGGCUUGUUUUGGAUCAGCGAAAUGAUUCGUAGUCGUGGAGCGAGUUGGUUAGGCGUGAGAUGAAGAGAGAUGAGACUCUCAUCUCUUUUUCUGGCGCUCUCAUCACGAGAGCGCCAGAAAAAGAGGAGCUGCAGGAAACGCUUUCUGGCCUGCCAUCUAUCAUACCUCAUUGCGAUAAACCAAUAGUCUUCUCUG